AGUGUAUUCAUUCUCAGUGUAAUACAGUAAUAUAUCACAAUAUUGCUUAUGUUUUUCAAUAACAGACAGAGAAAUAGCUUUUUCAGCUGCACUGAUGGAAUCUGGCAGUGGAUUUAUUGGUCCUUUUACCACUGAAAUCACACUAACCUACAGGAAAGUCUUCACAAACAUAGGGAACGCCUACAACCCAAUUACAGGUAUUUUCACAGCCCCACUGAAAGGAGCGUACAUGUUCAGAGUCUCUGUAUAUGGAUAUGCCCCAUAUGAAGCAACUGCAGUCAUUGUUAAGAAUGGAGAGCAGGUGGUUAUAGCUCAUGAAUAUCAGGAUCAGCAUCAGUUAAACUCCUCAAAUGGAGUUGUGUUGAUCCUGGAGGUUGGAGAUGUUGUCUAUGUGAGACUUUGGUCUAACAGGAGGAUAUAUGAUAGCCAGAAUAACCACAACACUUUUAGUGGUUAUCUACUGUUUCCCUUAAAAUAACAGGAGCAUUACAGAAUGUGAUUCCAAUAAUUCUGAACCUUCAGCGUAUGAUUUAAUUGAAAAUUAUGACAAAUCAUUAACAUAUGAACCUGUAUUAAUGAGGACUAAUGUGUGUUUUUGAAAUUUGCAGUAAAUUACUGUAUAAAGUCAGUAUAAUACACUAUAUUCAUAAGUUCUGAUCUGUCUAUACAUGUAAGUUUGUAUAAAGAGUUUCAGCACUGAGACAGACAGGACCCAUGAAUAUCA